CUCACGGUCACCGCUCCUCUAUUACGUCCGCAAUGGCCGCCGAAGUGCAACUGCUGCAGCCCAUAAAGCUGCCGAAGGGCCCGUCUACCCUGACAUCGGAGCAGAAGUACUGGAACUCCUUCAGCUCGGAGCUGCGACUUGAUCCUUCGCAGCAUUCCUCGCCCGUAACGCACAUUUCGAUCCCGCCGCCUCCGUCCUCAAAUCUCACAACCGCGGCGCAAGACCUAUUCGCAGUAACGACAGGCUCGCGCGUCCAAAUUUACUCCUCGAAAACCCGCAAGCUCGUAAAGAACAUCUCAAGAUUUGGUGUUGACGACAUCGCACACUCCGGUAACAUACGGCGGGAUGGAAGGGUCGUGGUGGCAGGAGGAGAAAGCGGCACAAUCCAGGCGUUUGAUCUGAACAGCCGCGCGAUUCUGAAGACAUGGAGGGAGCACAAGCAGCCUGUGUGGGUGACGCAAUGGCACCCGUCAGAGCUGACGAGCUUAAUGAGCUGCUCCGACGACCGGACGGUGCGGUUAUGGGAUCUACCGAGCGACAAGAGCGCGAUGACUUUCGAUGGACACCAGGACUAUGUGCGGUGCGGAGUGUUUAUGCCGGCUCAGAGUGGGUUGCUGGUAUCUGGCAGCUAUGAUCAGACGGUACGGCUUUGGGAUUCAAGAGCGGGAGGGAAGGCAGUCAUGGUGUUUAAGCAUGCGGCGCCCGUCGAAGCCGUAUUGCCGAUGCCCUCGGGCACUGCAGUCCUCGCCACAAGCGACAACAUCAUCAGCGUGCUGGAUGUAGUCGCAGCAAAGCCGAUGCACCUACUUCGGAACCAUCAGAAGACGGUCACCUCGCUCUCGUUGGCAAACAAUGGCGGAAGGCUACUCAGCGGAGCUCUCGACGGCCACGUCAAAGUCUUCGAAACGACUGGCUGGAACGUAGUCGCGGGCAUGAAGUAUUCCUCGCCCAUCCUCUCGCUCAGCGUCAUCCCGUCUCAGAAAGAAGACAAGCAUAUUGCAGUGGGGAUGCAGUCGGGCGUCCUAUCAAUCAAGACUCGUUUGUCCGGAGAACAAAAAGCGCUAGCCAGGGAAAGAGAGAAGGAGAUGAAAGCGCUUAUAGAAGGUAAAAUCGAAGAAUACGACAGGCAAAAGAAGCGAAAACGAGGCAAAGGUUGGGAGAAGCGGUUUCGAGGGAGAGACUUCACGGGCGAGGGUGCGGAUAUUGUCAUUGAGGGAAACGCGCGAGGGAAGAUCCACCAGAGUUUCCCGUGGGCAAAUGCUCUGCGGUUCGGACAGUAUGCGAGAGCGCUGGACAUAGUACUUGAACAAAAGGACUCCAACGCCCGCGAUCACUGCAUUACCGUUCUCACUGCCCUUCGACACCGCAGUGCGCUUCGUGCCGCCCUCGCCAACCGGGAUGAGCUUACUCUCCAGCCUGUCCUCCGCUGGCUCAUCCGUACUAUCUCUGAUUAUCGCAUCACUCGGCUAACGACUGACGUUGCACUCGUCGUGCUCGAUCUUUACGCCGACCAGCUGGGAAGGAGUGAAGAGAUCGAUUUGCUUUUUGAUCAGCUGGUGAAGAGAGUUCAGGUGGUGGUCGAAGCAAGCCAGGUAGCAUGGAGUGUGGGUGGUAUGGUUGAUAUGUUGACGGCGAGUGCGCAGGCUGCUGGAAUAGAAGCGGCUGAGAGCUGAAGUGGGACAUGUUAUUGCUUGUUUAGUAUUGCAUAGCGAGGGCGUCGGAUUUUUGGUAUAUUCAAAAGUUUUGUGGAUGCAGAUAUACCCGGAUAAAGCAUGUUUGCUUUGGAUAUGGACGGUUUGGAUGGUAUAUUGUACAUGCCUUUGCCAGGCAAAUGCUAUGUUGUCAGAACCACAGAGUAUACAUA